CUCCAGCCAGCUUCAUCCGGUGCCAACAUUUGUAUUACUUACAACCUCCUUCUUCCUUCGCCGUCUGUAUUCGAAGCCGCAAUCAUGACCACCUUUCUAGGUAGCAAAGGUCUUGUUGACUUUGAUCAGAGGAGUCUUGCCAUUGCUGCCGCAGCAAUUGCAUUCAAUCCUAUCUUCUGGAACACUGCCGCCCGUCAAGAAUACCACAACAAAGUCCUCACCAAGCUCGCGGGCGGCAACUCACGCUACGGCUGCUACGGCCUCGCAGUAGCCAUCUUCUCCCUUGGCAUCUUCCGUGAUUUCCUCUACGAGCGCGCUCUCCGCGACCAACCCUCGCACCCUCUCCUCCUCACCCCACUCGCUACCUACAUCUCCUACGCUCUCAUCGCCACAGGCAAUGUUCUCGUCCUCUCAUCCAUGUGGGCGCUCGGCAUCACGGGCACAUACCUCGGUGAUUACUUUGGCAUCUUGAUGGAUGAGAUGGUUACGGGUUUUCCAUUCACCGUUACCAGCGCGCCGAUGUAUUACGGUAGUACGAUGAGCUUUUUGGGGACGGCGGUGCUGUUUGGAAAACCGGCUGGUAUACUACUAACGCUCCAAGUGCUGGUGGUUUACUUGUUGGCAUUGAGAUUUGAGGAUCCUUUUACGGCGGGCAUUUAUGCAAAGAGGGAGAAGGAGAGAGCUCAGAAGAAGAAGGGUGGGAAGAAAGAAUUGUAGAGUGUGGCAGGGGGUUAGGAGGUUGGAAAUGGAUAAAGAAGUGGGUGUGGACGGUGGGCACGGGUCAAUGAGGAGACGAGAUUGUAGAGCUUUCGAUUGUACAUUUUGAGAUGAGGAUACCCAAAAGAGGUUCAACAUGCGGGCGUUUGCAUGAUAUCAACUAUCAAUCAUUGCAUCGAGGGCGUUAGAGAGAGAGAAAAAAAUGCAUAUGUAGAGGUUAUGAUAGAUGAUGGAAUUCAGUUUUGUCAUUCAAUUAGAGCCCUGAUGAUGGGUCUACAAAUGCACAACUAGAGACCCAUAGUCUGUCAGGUUUGGUUGAGGGCAACCAGGACGUUGUUGACUUCGACUUCGUAAUUGCUGCGAUGCUCUUAAACACGAUGGACAACCUCAAAGUUCUUCUUCUACCCUAAAUACCGUCAACGACAAAAAGCCAGAAUAUACCUCAACU